GAAAUCAGCAGCUGUGAGAAGAUGUAAUAUAUUAGUAAUUUUCAUGUGCAAGAGUUGAUGUGAAUUGUGUGUGCAGAUGGAAUACAAAGUGAUCGUGGCCACAGGGGCUUUAGAGUACUCAGGUACUAAUAACUAUGUGUAUGUAACCCUGGUGGGGGAAAACGGAGAGAGUGAGAGGACGCUGCUGGACAAUCCAGGCCUGGAUCUGUGUAGAGGCGCAGUUGAUGAAUACAUAGUCCGGAGCGCGGCACCUCUUGGUCGUGUGCUCCUGGUACGCUUGGAGAAGCAGAAGUACAUUGUGGAAGAUAUAUGGUUUUGCAAUUAUGUGAAAGUCACAGCACCAGGAGAGGAAAACACCCAAACCUUCCCCUGCUACCGCAGAUGGAAUACAAAGUGAUCGUGGCCACAGGCACUUUAGAGUACUCAGGUACUAAUAACUAUGUGUAUGUAACCCUGGUGGGGGAAAACGGAGAGAGUGAGAGGACGCUACUGGACAAAUCAGGCCAGGAUCUGUGUAGAGGCGCAGUUGAUGAAUACAUAGUCCGGAGCUCGGCUCCUCUGGGUCGUGUGCUCCUGGUACGAUUGGAGAAGCAAAAGUACUUUUUGGAAGAUAACUGGUUUUGCAAUUAUGUAAAAGUCACAGCACCAGGAGAGGAAAACAACCAAACCUUCCCCUGCUACUGCUGGUUAGUGGGGGAUAUUAAAGUAGAAGUCCGUGAUGGUACAGCUAAAAAACUAUGUGAUGAGAUCCUUCCUCAGGAGCUGGUUCACAGAAAGGUACAACUGCAGGAGAGACAGAAAACUUUCCGAUGGCAAGCCUGGGCUCCAGGAAUUCCCAAAUGUGUAGACGCCAAAUCAGAGGCAGAUCUGCCCCAGGAUGUUCGGUUUGCCAAUGAGAAGCGCAGUGACUUUGAAAGAUCACUUCAAUACGCGCUUUUGGAGCUGUCUCUAAAAAAGCUGGCCAUCUGGUUUGGGAGGUCAUGGAAGGAUCUGGAUGAUUUUAAACAAAUAUUUUGGAAAUUACGGAGUCCCAUUGCUGAAUACACUAUGGAACACUGGAAAGAGGACUGGUUUUUCGGCCAUCAGUUCCUGAAUGGGUCAAAUCCACGGAUGAUCCAGAGGUGCAGGAAACUGCCCUCCAACUUCCCUGUCGUUGGAGACACAGUGCAGGCCUUCUUAAGCCCCAACACCACCCUGGAUAAAGAGCUCAAGACUGGGAAUGUAUACCUUGUUGACUAUGCUAUAAUAGAUGGCAUCCCUGAGAAUGUGAUGAGCGGGAAGAAGCAGCAUAUAGCAGCUCCUUUGUGUUUACUAUAUGAACAUCCAGACAACGGCCUCAUUCCCAUCGCCAUACAGCUUGAACAGAAUCCUAGUAAGGACACACCCAUCUUCCGCCCUAAUGAUCCGCCUCUGCCCUGGUUAUUGGCUAAAAUGUGGGUCCGUCACGCUGAAUUUCAGGUCUUCCAGGUCUUGUCACACCUUCUGCGAACUCACCUUAUAGUGGAGGUGUUCUGUGUGGCCACACUGCGUCACCUCCCUGCAGUCCACCCGAUAUACAAGCUGCUCACUCCCCAUCUGAAGUACACUCUGGAGAUAAACUGCAGAGGACGUACACAGCUUAUCUCUCAGGAUGGCAUCUUCAAGAGGAUGGCGUCCACGGGUGGUGAAGGGAUACUGGUGCUGUCUCAAAGGGAGUUUAAGGCCCUGACCUACCGUUCUCUCCAACCCCGUUGCGACUUUGUAGACCGUGGUGUUACUAAACUCAAUAAAUACUUCUAUAGAGAGCAUAGCCUGAUGCUCUGGAGCGCCAUUGAGAAGUUUGUCUCCAGCAUUGUGUCUCUGUAUUAUGGAAGUGACGGUGAAGUAGUGCAGGAUUCAGAACUGCAGGCGUGGAUUAAGGAUGUUGUUGAGGAAGGCUUUGCAAACAUCCCUCACUUUGGGCUGCCUAAUAAACUAAAGAAUAAACAGGAACUGAUCACACUUUUGAGUGUGGUCAUCUUCACCAGCACUGCACAACACGCAGCAAUCAAUAACGGACAGUUUGACUUCUGUGCGUGGGUGCCCAACACGCCUUGCACCAUGCGCCAGCCUCCAUCCACAGACAAGGACAGUGUCACUAUGGAGUUGAUCAUGAACACACUCCCGGAUGUCAGCCAGUCAUGUGUGGUGAUGGCAAUCACAUGGCUUUUAUCAAGCGCUCAGCCAGAUAAAAUACCUCUGGCACACUACAAGGAAGAGUACUUCACUGAGUCAGCAGCCCAAAAGAUGAUCGACAACUUCAGGCAGGAUUUGAAAUACAUCGAGAUGAAAAUUCUGAAGCAGAAUAAGGGUCUCAAACUACCAUAUCUCUAUCUGUGCCCUAGCCAAAUAGAGAACAGCAUUACCAUAUAGAGAGGCUUGAUAAACAUUCUGCAAGCUAUAAACCUAUUGGUGAUUGUUGUAAAUCUACACGCACCGUCCACAUUACUAGGAACACCUGUACAUUCAUGCAGUUAUCUAAUCAGUCAAUCAGGUGGCAGUAGCACAAUGCAAAAAGCUUUAGUUAAUGUUCACACCAAACAUGAGAAUGGGGGGAAAAAGUGUGAUCUCAGUGGCAUGGUUACCAUGAUGAGCUGGUUCGAGUAUUUCAAAAACUACUGAUCUCCUGGGAUUUUCACACACAAGAGUCUCUAGAGGUUACACAGAUUGGUGCGAAAAACAAAAAAACAUCCAGUUGCAGACUGGAAAAAGACCAGGUGAUUUUUUUUUUUUUUUUUAUAAUCCUCAACUGUCUAUUUUCUGUUCCUGCCCAUGAUAACCUCAGAUUUCUGUUCUUGGCUGACUGGAGUGGAACUCAAUAUGGUGUUCUGCUGGUGCAGGCCAUCCACCUCAAGGUUCGAUGAUUUGUGCAUGCAUUUGAGUUACUAUAUCCUUUCUGGCAGCUCAAACUGGUCAUUCUCCUCUGAUCUCUCUUAUCAACAAGGCGUUUCCACCCACAGAACUCUCGCUCACUCAAUGUUUUUGUUUUUUGCAUCCAUUCUCUGUAAACUCUAGGGAAUGUUGUGUGUGAAAUUCCCAGGAGAUCAGCAGUUUCUAAAAUACUCAAACCUGCCCUUCUGGCACCAACAACCAUUGCACAGUUAAAGUCACAGAGAUCAGUUUUCCCCAUUCUAAUGUUUGAUUUGAACAUUACCUGAUGCUCUUAUGGAAAAUUAUUUAAUCUGAUACCUUUAUUAAUGCAUUAAUCAUUUAUCUAUUAGUUAUUUCUCCAUUAUCCACAGUUAAUCCUUCAUUAUACUCCGUAGUCACAACAUUUAUGUGGGAAAUCAGAAGCGUAGUUUAUCUGCUUCUAGUCAUUUAGACUUGUGUGAGAAAGCAAGAAGAUGUCCUUGAAGGAUUUAUUAAAACUCCUAGAGGGAGGUCUACUCAAUCGGGACUGAUUUAAGACUCCUGCGGGAAGAGAAGCUACCGUCAUGGUCAUGUCUCGUUGUGUGUCUUGAAUAAGAUAGGCUUGUGACCCGAGGUUGAGAUGAAGUAAUUCUCACAAGUAAUUCUUGCAGUCCUAGUAUUUAGAUUUUCACUAUAUAUGUAUUUCCUUUCCUGUUAAUCAUUUAAUCAUUUGUGAUAAUUCAUGUUAAUGUUAUCUUUAUCUGAUCAAUAAGCAUGAAGUUAUUUGUUUACCUAUAGCCAAUGAUGAAACACUAACCCUGUGCAGUAAACUAUAUAAUUGCAUGUAACACUUUAGUCGUUGGAGUUCUUCUCCCCGGCCAUGAUGAGAAUAAACAUGUUACUCUGGAGCCAACUGUGUCUCUGUGAGUUUGACUUUUAUUUGUCUUCAGAAGGUAAUAUUUUCUACCACACUCUUAACCUGUAGCUGCAUGAUUUUAUGCAUUACGCUGCUGCCACAUGAUUGGCUGAUUAAAUAACUGCAUGAAUGUGCAUGUGUACAGGUGUUCCUAAUAAAGUGGAUGGCGAGUGUAUAUGGUUCAGAUAUGUUGUUCUUAUGUUGUACAGAUUUUACAGUCAGGCUCAAUAAAUUGGAAACUCUGUAAUGCAUGUAACCACCAGGAAAAGAUAGACAUAGAUAUUAGGAACUACAGAGUAUUUAUUCCUGCAAACAACUAAAUGUUACAAAUAAGAUACGAGAUUGUUAGUUUAUACAAAAUUAAAUUCACACAGACAACGGUCAUUUCUACUUUGUAUUUUUUGACUAUAUAUUUAUGGAUAUAUAGUCCCCUCUGAAACUAUUGGAAUGGCAAGGUCAAUUAAUUUGUUUUUGGUGUAGACUCAAGACAUUUGGGUUUGAAAAAUGAAUAUGAGAAGAGAGUUGUGAAUUUCAGCUUCUAUUUCGUGGUAUUUAUAUGUUGAGCCACACACAAAAUGUGCUAAGUUCAUGUUCUAUCAGACCACCCAUUCGUAGGCGAGCAAAAAUAUUGCAACAUGUCAGUGCAGUGACAGGUGUUUCUUGUUGCCCAGGUGUGUCCUGUUAGAUUUACUGUUUAAACAAUAAAUAGCUCUGAACAUCUA